UUCGCGUGAAAUCGUCAAUUUAUCAUUAGGUAACAAUCUCGCCGGGCUUUGUACAAUUCCUGGCCAAACAGGCCUGCUUUUCAGUUAUAAGCUCGGCAAUCAAAAGAUCACGGAUCUUAUAAAAUCGAAAGUUCUCUCUCUGUCUGUUAGACUUGUUUGUGAUACGCUGGUUUUUGGAAGACACCCAAGCUCAAAAGGAGAGAGACAGGAUGUGGAAGGGCUCGGUAGGAUAAAAACAAAGUCAAACCUAGGUAAAAGGACACUUGUGAAGAAAUAUUCUUGGAGUCUCGUAGAAUCAUUCAGUCAGUUACAGUCAAUCUCACACGAAGAGAACUACCGUGCACAUCUCCCAGAUUCUCAUCGUACACACUUGUUGAACACGGCCAGCAUGACUUCGUUUAUGUUAAGUCCCAGAAGUUUCUCCCUAAUCUUGGCUCUGGCUGCAAUAAUUGGCGUUACAGCUGUUCGAGCGGAACUCAAACUAGUGAACGUGAUAUUCCGACAUGGCGAUAGAACGCCUGAUGCCAGUGAUGAUGAAAAAUAUCCGAACGAUCCCUACUUGAAUUAUUCUUAUUAUCCAAUGGGUCGUGGCCAACUGACCAACACGGGUAAAAUGCGAGAAUACACACUGGGACUAUUCUUGAGGGAGAGGUACGAAGAUUUCUUGGGAGAGCUUUAUAUACCUGAUGAAGUCUCAGUUCUUAGCUCGGACUACGAUCGAACGAAAAUGUCUUUGCAACUAGUCCUCGCUGGACUUUACCCGCCGAAUGACACUGUGGAACGUUGGAAUCAAAAUCUGAAUUGGCAACCAAUCCCCGCGAGAUACCUGCGACGCUACGAAGACAACUUCUUUCUACCGGAGAAUUGCCUCUUAUUUUUAGUUGAAUACAACAGAGUGUUGCAAUCACCGGAAGGGAAACAGCAACUGGAACAUUAUAGCGGAUUUAUGAAACAAUUGACAGAGUGGACUGGGAAAAACAUAUCCACGCCGUGGGAUUUGUAUUACUUGUACCAUACACUGAUGGCCGAAUCCUCUUACGGUUUCGUCUUGCCAAAUUGGACAAACGGUAUAUUCCCAUACGGAGAAUUAUGGAACGCAACAAUAUUUUCGUACCAUAUCGCCAAUUCGACUCCUCUGUUGAGAAGACUAUACGGAGGCCCGUUUCUCCGGCUCGUUACAAGGCACAUGUUGAAUCACAUAAGCGGCAUAAAAGAUGAGGGAGAAAAAAUAAAUUUGUUCAGCGGACACGAGAGCAACGUUGCCGCCGUUUUAUACGCUCUCGGAGUCUAUUAUCCGCACGUUCCUGAAUAUUCAAGCUCGGUUAUACUGGAACUUCAUUACAUUGGUAACAGUUACUACGUGAAGGUGGUUUACUACUUGGGCAUUCCAUCCAAAGGAAAUGAACUUCAGCUACCUAACUGUGACGUGCUCUGCCCUAUCGACAAGUUUUUGCAAUUAAUCGAAGAUGUGACGCCAUCGAAUGAGGAAAUGAUUUGUGACAAAGGCCUGUCGAGUGCAUUCGUAGAUAAGAUGACAAUCGAGGAAUUAGAUCUAUUGAAAUACAAUCUGAUAAAGACUGCAGGAGUCAUUGAGUAAAUAACGGAAC